UUCUUUUCUUGGCCAAACGAUGGAAAAUUCAAAAUACCCAUCAGUCCCUUCACUGAUUUCCUUAGAAAAGUCGCCUCCUUUCUGAUCUGAAUCUCCCCCCUCGAUCCAAGUUCAACGAACCCACCAAAUAUUUUCCUUCUUCCCUUUCGUGACUCCACAUAUCACGGUGUUGACCAGAAAAUCCAGAUCGCUCUUGAGCAAAGCAUAGAAUAUGUGAUGGGAGUCGGACGAAAAUGAAAAGGGGCAUUGGAUUUCACGGCAAGAAGUAGCUGACACUUUGCGUUGCGUCCCUCCGUUGCGUGGCGUCCUCCAUCUCUCUACAUUAACGUUGGAAUUCGCAUGAAGGGCACACACAGCAGAGAGACAGAGUCCCCCUCUCGACAUUCUCCGAGGUCAUCUCUCAAGAGGUUUGCCCCCGAAAACCCACAUGAUUUUCCUGUUUUAUUGGCGAAAGAUGGGGCCGGGUUUUGAGUAUCAUGGGCGUUCUGAGGAAAUUGCGUUGAUAAGGAAGUUGUCGACAUCACGGUGCAGUGAUUGAUUUUUACAAAGGUUGAGCGGCAGUGACAGUAGUGAUUCGAGGAGAGAGAAGAACAUGUCUUCGGCAACUAAGGCUGAUAAAAAGGCAGCUGUCGAUGCAGCAGCAUGGAUGUUCAAUAUUGUCACCUCUGUAGGAAUAAUACUCGUCAAUAAAGCUCUGAUGGCUACGUAUGGUUUCAGAUUUGCUACAACUUUAACCGGUCUUCAUUUUGCCACAACAACCACGCUGACGCUUGUUUUUAGGUGGCUUGGUUAUAUUCAGCCCACGAAUCUACCAGUCAGUGAGAUCUUGAAAUUUGUUUUGUUCGCCAACUUCUCCAUUGUUGGAAUGAACAUCAGUCUGAUGUGGAACUCUGUCGGAUUUUACCAGAUUGCAAAGCUGAGUAUGAUACCAGUGUCUUGUUUUCUCGAAGUUGUCUUGGACCAGGUGCGGUAUUCGAGGGAUACAAAGCUCAGCAUUGCAGUCGUUCUCCUUGGGGUGGCGUUUUGUACCGUCACUGAUGUCAGUGUCAACUUCAAGGGCUUUCUAGCUGCCUGUAUAGCAGUCUGGAGCACCGCUCUGCAGCAAUAUUAUGUUCACUAUCUUCAAAGAAAGUAUUCGAUAGGAUCGUUUAACCUACUGGGGCACACAGCUCCUGUGCAGGCAACUUCUCUGCUUAUAGUAGGGCCCUUUCUCGACUAUAUGUUUACCGGUGAAAGAGUUGAUGCCUACCACUACUCUACCACAUCUCUUGCAUUCUUGAUCCUCUCUUGUACCAUAGCAGUGGGAACCAACCUCAGCCAGUUCAUCUGCAUAGGCAGGUUCACAGCCGUAUCUUUCCAAGUGAUUGGCCACAUGAAGACCAUACUCGUCCUGACCUUAGGAUUCAUUUUCUUCGGUAAAGAGGGUCUCAAUGUGCAAGUAAUAUUGGGCAUGGUUGUUGCCGUGAUAGGGAUGGUUUGGUAUGGUAACGCCUCCUCUAAACCAGGAGGAAAGGAACGUAUUAGCUUCUCGAGUCAGAGCAGCAAAAGCCAGAAGCAGGAAAGCCUCCUAGAGUCUACCGAACAAGAAGAUAAGGUCUAAAUAGGGCUCAAAAGGUUGGUGAGACGUAUACCAAGAAUUCUCUCUUUCAAGGAGUUGUUAUGCAUCCGAUUUACUGCAAUUGGUAGGUCAAGAUCAUGAGUAACUUGGAAGAAUUCUUAUCAAGAGAAAUAACGGGAAUAAUUCUUUUCACAUGAUAGUUCAUUUUCUUGUCGUUAAUUUUGUUUCGAGUUAUAGAAGCCACUGAAAUGAGCCAGUCGCAGCCCUAAAUGUCGCUCUUAUUUUCUUGUUCACUUUCCACACCAAGCCAUUGCUGUAUCGAACGAGGUUUGUACAUUGAGCUGCCCUUACCAUUUUGGUAACUAUCAUAGUGAUUUGUUAAUCUCUGUGAAGAUAGAUCAUGCCGUUUGAGUCGGAGCCUUUUCUUGUUCGACUGUUAUACCUGUGGAAAAUGCCAUAAUAAACCGAAUUCAUCCUC